UUUCUGGUCCAAAAGUGGCAUGUUUGUGAGAAGGACCUUUGGAAAGUACAAAAAUACCCCUCGCCGCUCCAGCCCUCGUCUUCUUCCUCUGUUCCUCCUUCCCUCGAGGCGGCGUACGCCUCCAGGAUCCGUUGCACCGAAGCGAAGCAGGCCACCUCGAAGGAAUUCUUCCAUUGUAAUCCUCCUCCUCCUGUACCUCCUCCCCAUCAACUAGACAGGCGUCGAUUUCAUUGGAGAUCCGUCCGGACUUGGAUUGGUUUCCUCUUUUGCUGGCUUGCGUCUUGACAUCUCCGGAGAUGCAUCCCCCUCUAACCUUACACAGGCAUCCUAUGUGUGCUGAGAUUAUUGAAGCUUUCCAGAAGUGCCAUGUGGAUCACCCCGUAAAGAAGUUCUUUGGCGAAUGCACCGAUCUUAAGAUUAAGCUAGAUCAGUGCUUUCGGCAGGAGAAAGCUUUGAAGAGAAAAGUAAACUUUGAAGAAAGCAAGAAAUUCAAAGAACGGUUGCAGGCCUAUAAAAGGGAAAUGGCCGAGGAAAACAAGGAAUUGUAAUCUGGAACAGAGGAUGCAGACCUGAAUUUGAAUUUUCUUUUUUGACACAAUCCAGGGGCUUCAGUUGUGUACUUCACAUAUUUUCCUGGUUACCAUUGACGAACUAAUGUUUAUGGCUAA